GCCUGGUGAUCUACUUCAGAAAAAUCAGCUAUUGAAAACUCUGUGGGAGCGAGCACAGUUCUACUCUGAUACACAUGAGUUGCCAUGAGUCAAGAUCUAUUUAGUAGAAACUGGUUUCUGGGUUAAGGUUGUAUAUAACUAAUGAAGAUCUAGUUUCUUUGUGAAUAAUCAUAUUUAAAAUUAAGCUAUGCAAUAAUUUGUGAUGUUUUGCAGGAACUUUGGCCAUAUUAUAUAUUUUAAGAAUUGAAAAAUUCAUCCUGUUUUCUAGCCCUCUCCAAAAUCUAAUGUCAAGUUGCCAAGUAAUUUGAGAAUUGGCGGAUAUUAGUCCUUCUUGUUGCAUGUGAACGUUACGGUGGACUUAAACAAUUUAUUUUACUGAAGUACCCAUCCCUCCCAAGGUCUUUGCCUCCUCCUUUAAUUUUUUAGCCACAGUAUGUGUUUUAUAUUUGCCUUAAGUCAACUGACAAAUUGAAUGGCUUUUUUUUAACACUAACGUACAGUCUUCAGUUUUUUAUACAGUAUGGAAAUUUUGAUGUCCUUUAUUUAUCCCAAUAAGUUGUUUAUUGGUUAUUUUAAAAGCUUUAUUGUUCCUUUGUACUUUUUUAGACACAGAUUAUUCUGGUGCUUUAUAAAUAGUCAUAGUUCUCCAAAGGUAAGAAGUGAAAACCUAGUUUGCUAUGGCCAUUUGAAGAAGAAAAAUGGAUGUCUGCGAAUUUUGAACGGUUGUUAGUCAAUGUUCCACCUUAGCCUUCAGCUUAUCCGUUACUUCCCCUACUGUAGGUCUGUCUACCAGCAGAAAGUUGCCCAUAAUCAGAACUCCAGUUAGCAUCUCCUGGGUUGAAAAUUAUGUGGAACAUAAUCCUAAAUUUGACAGAAUCCCAUUCAUGACGGAAUGGUAUAUAUAUGGAAAUAAAGUUUUAUAUUUGAGUGUUUGAUAAGCCUUAAUGCUUUCUAAUUGUGUCUUAUAUGCCUUUCUAAUGAAAUGUAAAUUCUUUGAGUCAAGAACCAUGUCUUAUUUACUUUUCAUAUUCCACAGUUUUGGACAUUUUAUAAAUAUUCAGAAGGUAUUUAGUUGGUAGGGGAUAGAUUAAUUCAGUCAUUUGUAGCAGUUUCUGAUCUUGUAAAAAGACAAUGUUUACUUUUCUGAAUGUACAUUUCACUGUAUGUAUUUUUAAAAUUCAGUAUAUUGAUCAUGAGUACCAUAUUUCAGUAUUUCUGUAUAGCAUUUGUAUUCAAAUUUUCUGGAAAUUACUUGCUUUUUAUAGUGUUCGCCUACAUUUAGACAUAUAUGAAACUCUUUAAUAAAAAGUCAUAUUUAAAAAAGGAAAAGUAAGAUUAUAUUUUACUGUGUAUAGUAAGUGGGAUCUAUUUUUUUUUCUGUUGUCCCUCUCAGUGUAAUAUAUGAACAGUCCAGUUCUUGGUCGUGAAUGCAUAUAUUUACUUGCUGUUUGUGGUUUAAAUUUUUGAAAGAUAAUAUCUAUGUUUUCACUUUUCAGAACAACUUAGCUGAACCAUCAAGGUCAAAUGGAAAUAUGGUUCGCCAUUCUUCAUCUCCAUAUGUAGUAUAUCCACCCGAUAAGCCUUUCCUUAAUAGUGAUAUGCGACGCUCCCCAAAUAAGCCUACGUUUGCCUACCCGGAAAGCAACAGCAGAGCCAUAUUUUCUGCUCUGAAGAAUCUUCAAGAGAAGAUUCGACGUUUGGAACUUGAAAGGAUUCAGGCAGAAGAAAGCGUGAAAACCUUGUCUAGAGAAACAAGUGAAUACAAGAAAGUACUGGAUGAACAGAUACAGGAAAGGGAGAACUCAAAGAAUGAGGAAUCAAAGCACAAUCAAGAACUGACAUCUCAGUUGUUAGCUGCAGAAAGUAAAUGUAAUCUUUUAGAGAAACAAUUGGAAUACAUGAGAAAUAUGAUAAAGCAUGCAGAAAUGGAGAGGACGUCUGUCUUAGAGAAACAGGUUUCCUUAGAAAGAGAACGACAUCACGAUCAAACGCACGUUCAGACCAAACUUGAAAAAUUGGAUCUUCUCGAACAGGAGUAUAACAAACUUACCACAAUGCAAGCCCUUGCAGAAAAAAAAAUGCAAGAAUUAGAAGCAAAACUCCGUGAAGAAGAACAGGAAAGGAAACGUAUGCAGGUUAAGGCAGCCCAGUUGCAAACUGGUCUAGAGACAAAUAGACUUAUCUUUGAAGAUAAAACAUCUCCAUAUGUUGGCAGUGCAAGAAGAAUUAGAAAAAAGAAGUCAAAACCACCAGAAAAGAGAGGUUCUAGGAACUGUUUUGCUGCACAACCACAUUAUAGAUUAUGCUUGGGUGAUAUGCCAUUUGUAGCUGGAAAGUCCACCAGUCCUAGCCAUGCUGUGGUAGCCAAUGUUCAGCAUGUCUUGCAUCUAAUGAAGCAACACAGUAAAGCUUUGUGCAAUGAUCGAGUAGUCAACAGUGUUCCUUUGGCAAAGCAAGCAUCUUCACGAUGUUGUAAAAGUAAGAACCGUCCAGUAACACCGUCUUCCUCCAGCACCAUAAAUGAAGAGUUGUCAGAAGUCUUACAGACUUUACAGGAUGAAUUUGGGCAAAUGAGCUUUGAUCACCAGCAGCUAGUGAAACUUAUCCAGGAGUCACCAACCAUUGAACUGAAAGAAGACUUAGAGUGCGAACUGGAGACAUUAGUUGGAAAGAUGGAAGCAAAAGCCAAUCAAAUAACUAAAGUUCGAAAAUACCAAGCCCAGUUGGAGAAACAGAAGAUCGAGAAGCAGAGGAAGGAAUUAAGAGCCACCAAAAAGUCUCUUGAUGAAGAAGGAAACAGCAGCAGCCGUUCUUCUGGAACCACGGGGACCACAAAUAAGAAGGACUUUGCCAAACUGAGACCUGGAGAAAAAAGCAGGAAAAAUCUUCAGUUAUUGAAGGACAUGCAAACCAUACAGAGUUCAUUACAAAGCAAUAGUUUGUCGUGGGAUUACUGACUGGUACCAGGUCAGAAAUUUUAUUCAGAUAAUCUGUACUUCAUCAAUCAGAUGUGACAAUUUACUUUCCAGGUCUCAUACUCCCUUUUGUUGGAAUUAAUUGAUAGCACGUGUUAAGGAACACAAGCUUCAUCACACAGGCUUCUUGUGUUAUACAGCACGGCUGAAUGUUAAAUCAUUUAAAUGGAAACCAGGGGUUUUUUAAAGGUCAAGAAGCCACAUAUACUCUUUUCGUUAGGAUGGAUUUGCUGUACUGAUAUAUUGCACUUUGUAAACAGAUUACCAGUUUUUUACUUGUGGGUGUGAUUUUUUUAAAAAAUAAUUCUUUAUAUAUCUAAUAAAAUUAGGUUUGAAUUAUCAAAAUAUGAGGCUAUCCCAUAGGCAGUGUUUGCUUGAGAAGUCUCACUUUUAAAUCUUCCCUGGCAUGUGAAGUACCCAUUCCCCCUUUCCAAUGAAAGCAUUAAAUGUACUUUGACUGUUGAUGUAGGUUUUCUAUAUUUAAAUAUUUAUACACAUUUAAGGGGAUUCCUUUCAACUCCUCCAUUGGUGUCUUCUCAGAGGCUAAGUAAAAAUAACUCAUUUCAUUUCCUUCUGAGCCCGUAUCCUCCCUAUUAUUUUGGUUUGGUUUGGUUUUUGGCAUUACAAACAUUAAUCAGUAUUAAAUACAUUUAUAUUGCUUUUAUUUUUAAAUCCACUGUGAGAAAACCAAAAGGAGAAAAAAAAAAACCCAGUCAUUUUAAGUCAGCUACCUGUAAAAACUAUACAAAUAUUUUUUAAAGUUUAAUGACAUUUUAGAAUAGAGUGAGAAUAAGAGAAGAGGGCGUUGUAAAGUAUAUACAUUUGCUGUUUUUAAGUAACUGCAAUCAUGGUAUUCAAUCAAGGCAUUAUGGUUUUUAAUCCUGAAACUUCGGAACCCCUUGGAUAUUUGUUUUUAUUAGUGUACAGUAUGAGUGCAGGAUUUACUGUACACAUGCAUUGUCAUAUUAAUAAUGUAAAUCAUAAUUUUGAAUAGAUUAAGACAUGUUAACUCUAUAAAUUUGCCACUGAAUUUGCCAAUAAAGCAGCCUCUUUUAAGGAAACCCUGAAACUUUCCUUAACGGCCUGUUAAUAAAGGCGUUAUUUGUUGUAAUCUCAAAAAAAUGCAUUUUGAAAUAGGGCGUUAUUAACAUUAUCAGAUACAAUAAGAGUAUUUUGGUAUUCAGAUACAAUAAGAGUAUAUUGGUAUUUAGUACAUAAUUUAUUUCCCAUCCUUGUGCUUACACAGAAACUAAGGCCAACAAGGUUGAAUUGUCUCAUGGCAUGUAACGAGAUACCGUAAGAGUCUAAUGAACACAUUAACCACGUUAUUAAAAGAAUUCCUUGUUAUGCCUUCCCUGGAAUUGAUUGAAGAACAUGGAGUUCUAGGAUUAUAUCUAGACAGCCAGCUGACUUGUUGUGGCUGCCUGGGCACUAGGCUUGUCAGGCCUCUUACUGAAUUUUCUACAGUUGAAGUUCCUAAUCUAGUGUUUUUAAAUAGAAUUUGGGGUAUUUGUAAAUCUCAUAAAAUUGUAUGUCAGCUGUUGCUUGCAUGUCCAGUUUUCUGAUGAGCCAGACUAUAGCUUCAUUGAAUUCACAACAGAGUCUGUAGACCCAAGGAAGAUGAGAAUCUGUGCUCUGGUGACUUAAAUAUUUAUGUCUCAACCACUGUUUCAGCUAUUAAACUUCUGUUUGUUAUCUCUGUUUGAAUUUCAGGUCAUUAAAUUGUGUAACAAUCACUUGAAUUGUAAUGGCUGCAAGUCCUAAUUAGGAGAAGAGUGAUUUAAUAGUGAUAAAACCUACCCAUCCCUCAGCUAAGGUUCAAACCUAACUACCCAUUUCAACUUUUGAUAACCUCAGGCAAGAACUGAAAACAAGAAAAUACCACUUCAGUUUCCUGUUCUGAGUUUAUAGCAGAGGAAUAAGUAUGUUUUCAUACACCCAUUUAUGUUGUAGCAAAGUUCUGUUACAAUGCAUUUCAAACACAAUUACAUUUGGUUCUUGUUAUUUGCAGUAGUUAUGUUCUAUAAAGGCCCUGUGAAUACUGAAUUAGAAAACAUGGAAACAGCUUGUUUGACUUAGGCUGGGAAUUUUUCACCACUCUGCACAUGUCUGCGAAUGACCGUGGAAGCACCAGGAGUAUUUUUAGCGAAUAGCCAAUUUGCAAAUAUGGAAUCUGCAAAUAAUGAGGAUCACCUGUAUCUUCUAUGUGAAAGAUGCAAUGUGGAUGCCAAACUUAGAAGAAAGGUAUGUUUACAGGCUGGUGGUAGGCAUCUGAAUUGUUGAAUACAGUGUGGUGAAUGCGGUGGUAAUAGCAUGUGUACUGUGCUAGGAAAGCAUAGAAGGACGCGGGCACAGCAGAGAGGGGAGUGAUGAAUCAGGGAUAACUUCCUGGAAAAGGAGAUGAUGCCUAAAUUCUAGAGAAAAGGAGUUAGCCACAAGUGAGAACAGAGUUCUGGGUAGGUAGGACAAAAUAAACUGGAACAGAGGUGGGAAUCUGCAGUUUACCCUGGGAAAAAAGUUGAGGUAUGCAGAUGAGCAAACCUGGUAAGCAGAGACCAGGUUACAGGGGGCUAAGGAGCUUGGAUUUGAUCAUGCGUGAUCUAAACUUUUUGUCCGUGAUCAUAAAGGAACCAGUGUUAUCUAUACAACCAACAUCCGUAGAUGUUUUAUGUGUUACUGUAAAAAUGGUGUGGCGACAGCAUCAGACCACCUUGUCUAACUUCAGGACGAAGUUGAGAAUCAUUAUCGCCAUCACCAGCCCAAGUCUGAUUCCUAUGAGGCAGAGGUCAGACAUACCUCCUCUCUUUAGCCUUUUUAGCAAUUCUGAUACUAGCCGUCCCUCCCAGGACACUGGACUUCUCUGCUAGGUUUGAUAAUUUGUUGCAAUGACCACACACAACUCAGACAAUACUCGAGAUUAUGGGGUUUACAAGGGAAGUAGCAGGUUAGAAUUCAGUAUCAGAAACAACUUGAGAAGUUCUUUGAUCAGGACAGCCUCUUCUCAGCCAUGUCCAAAGGCAAGGCUCUCUCUCCAGCCCUUGGCCCCUCAGCCCAGCCUCUGCCCUGCAAGUGUUAACAAAUCUCUUUAGCUUGCCAGUGAGUGCCCAGAGGCACCCCAGUCCACCAGUAAGCCUCAGCCUAAAGACUCCCAGCUCUCGCUCUGUGGGUUGGGAAGCCCACUGCAAUGCCUCGUGGUUCUGCUGCCAACAUUUCUCUGCCGCUGCUUCUUGCUGUCUCUCGCUGUCUCCGGUGUUAUAGCUGUCUGUCUCCUGGGUCUAGGAGACUCAGUGCAGGGAUCCUGGGUCCAAAGGACACGCUUCACUUCCUGUCUCUUCUUUUUGAUGGUAGUGAG